AGGGCGCUUUAGGUGGAACUUACAUUGGCCGGUGUUGUGUUGUGUACACAAUGAACCAGAAUCGAACCACAGCGUAUAAACGGAGCUGAUUAGGAAGCUGUAAUGUAAAUAUCUUAAUACUGCGUCGUACGUAAUUCGUUACGGGCAGGAAACAUUCCCCACAAAAGCGACAUGCGACAUGCGAAUUUCAUAAUAUUCGUAAGCACCGUAGCGGGUGGUUGUGAUUCGUGAGUGGACAAACCGCAAGCAACCGGCAAUGGCAGCUGAGGCAACGACGGCAACGACGACAACAUUCGACAAGGCAGCAAGUAGUAGUGAGUCGUCCCUGGGUACGAAGGAUAAAAGUUGGUGUAACUGGUGGACGGGCACAUCCUUCGAUAUGUUACGUACGUUGGAAAAGCGCAUCCUGUCCUAUCUCAAGACGCCGUACCGUGGAAGCUUCGUGGACGUCGGGCAUUGCGUUGGAGAAGCGGACAAAGUGUGGACACUGUCCCUCAACACAGAGUCACCAAAUGUGCCGCUCGUGCUUGUGCACGGACUCGGUGCCGGUGUAGCACUUUGGGUACUGAAUCUAGACGCACUUGCAAAAGAUCGCCCAGUAUAUGCGAUCGAUGUGCUAGGGUUUGGCCGUAGCUCCCGGCCACGCUUCUCAUCCGAUCCGAUGGUGGUGGAGAAACAGUUGGUGAAAUCGAUCGAGGAAUGGAGGCGGGAAAUGAACUUGAAGGAAAUCAUUCUUCUUGGACACUCGAUGGGUGGUUUUAUCGCGGCCAGUUAUGCACUCUCCUAUCCGGACCGAUUGCGUCAGCUCAUACUGGCCGAUCCUUGGGGAAUGCCGGAGAAGCCGAAAGAUUUCGAAAGUAACGUGCGUAUCCGGUUCUGGCUGAAACCGAUCUUUGCCGUAUCGAAGAUGCUCAAUCCACUCUGGCCGAUAAGGUUUGCUGGACCGUACGGUCCAUCGCUAGUGAACCGCUUCCGGCAGGAUAUUGUGAUGAAGUUCUCAUCCGUUAUUACGGACGGUAUGGAUAUAUCAAACUACAUCCAUCAAUGCAACUCGCAGAAUCCAUCCGGUGAAGGUGCGUUCCAUUCAAUGAUGCAGGAUUUUGCGUGGGCUAAAAAUCCGAUGAUCAACCGUAUGGGUGAGAUGAAAAGUACCGUACCGGUCACCAUACUGUACGGCUCCAAAUCCUGGCUACUGCACACCAGCCCACCGGACACGGUAAAGCAGCUGGGGGAGAACAGUUUUGUGAAUGUUAAAAUUAUCGAAGGAUCAGGCCAUCACAUAUACGCCGACGAUGCGGAUGCGUUCAAUGAGAUGGUCAACGAAGCCUGCCGUGCGGCGGAUAGACUCCAGAAGGUGGAAAAAAUUACGGAAUAACAGAAGCUAACGCUGGCUACUGUUACUGUCCAGUAGUGGAGGUCUGUUUCCAAUGCCCACCAUGAUUGCCAGCGACCGUACUUGGCCCGCCAUUCACCAAUGAGAUCGCCAUGUUCCGGCCAGUGUGGGUGACGGUGCGAAAAAUGAACGAAUGUACGAUAUGAAAAGUGAUUUGUCAUCCGCUACGGAGUGAUGACAUCAUCACGUAGCAAUUGCGAGCCAUAAUCGUAUCGCUCCGUACACGUGUUUUUUGGGGAGGGGGGAGGCAAAAAGUCGCCGCGUCACGAUGCUUUCGUUCAGCGGUGUUUGGAGUGGCAGUUGGGGUAAGUUGAGUUCUAGUGAAUUUUUUUGUUGCGCUUAAUCCUCCAGUGGUAGAGUUGUAGUUGCACUUCAGUUUGCAGAAAACUGAAACACCUUUGCCGAAUGAUGAAAACUCAGGAAUGCUAGAAUUAUUUAAUUCAUCAUUUUAUAAAAAAAUGUAACAAACAAUAGUAACGUAAGGCACAAACAUAUCGUUAAAUAUUUGUGUACAUAUUAUAGUUAAA